AUGAGGGAGAUUGUGCAAAAGCAAAUGAUUUGCGUGGCCAAGUUGUACGCCGCAACGGAGACUGUGACAAUUACGUUGAGUGUCUCGAGAGGAUACGUCGAGAAUGGCGACGAUGGACCAAAUGAGAUGAAGGACGAGCACGACGACUUUUUUCAACGACCCAUUAGCAGACGUGAGAAGGCAUGUAAAAAGAGAAACGACGCACCAAAAAAGAGUGUCCUGCUCCUCAAAAAGUCUGCAUUCCUUGUUGGUUUGAAGAUGGACAUGAUAAUGUUGAGUAGUUCUGCUGUUGUUGAAGAUGCGCGGUGCGGUCGUAACGAAUGGGACAGUGGUCUGGCUAGACGUGGGUGGGGGACAAGUGGGCAGAUCAGCCUUGAGAAGAGCUCAAGCGAGGAUUGGCUGGACCCCACUCCCGGGAGGGGCAAGUCUUGUCUCCCUCUGCCCUGUUUUGGCAAUGCUCGGAUUGGCAAGUUGCAGAUAACUGGAUGGAGAUUGCUCGCAAAAAGGAUGGCAAACGACAGCGGAUCGCCAGGGAAGAUGAGCGCGCUGGCUGACUGCGGCGUGGAUGACCGUUGGGGACGGUCCGAAUGGGUGAUCGACAUGAGUUUACCAUGCUCAUCCUCGUUGAUUUCCCCAAAAUUAUGGGAAUUGUUGCCUCCCCGUAACGGCAUGGCGAGGGUUACGCCGACGAUUAUUCACAAGGGCUAUCAUGAUAAUUAUUACUGGACACUGCAGCCAUUCUCCCAGUCUCAACUCGACUCGCAUCGCACUAGCCCCACACCACUCUAUCUAGCGUGCUCUUGA